GCUCCUCAUUCUGAAGUUCAUAACCUAAGAAAUGGGGGUUACAGGGACCCCCUCAUCUGAGCCCCUUGUUUUCCAGCAAAGGACACUGGCUGCAAGAGGGGAAAGCAUUCUGUCCUUGGGCACUCGGAUAGGGAACAGAAGAGCCAGUGUCUGAACCCAGGGUCUCAGAGCCUAACUCUGGCAACUCUGCCUUCCUGUGCCAUGGGGGCCCCAUGGGGGGUUUUGCCCAGUUACACGGUGUCCCCAUCUUCUCAGGCCGGUGUUUGCUCCUUUAUUUGUCAGGGGGUCCAGGUCUGGGGUUUGCUCAGCACUAACUCAAUAGACAUCGUGAUGGUUGCACAAGAAAUGUGAUGUUAAUAGCAAAUGUUUCUAUUACGCCUAAAAUUUACAGUACAAAUCACAAAAGUGGGCGACAAGUCACAUGAUGCCAAUUUGGAGAUUUAGAAGCUGGACUUCAGAGAAGAAAUGCCUUGGACCACAGAGAGAGUAAAGGAAUUGGUGACAUUCAGGGACGUGGCUGUGGACUUCACCUGGGAGGAGUGGGGGUGCCUGCACCCUGCUCAAAAGAAAUUAUACCGUGAUGUGAUGCUGGAGAACUACAGGAACCUAGUCUGCCUGGGACUUGAGUUUUCCAAACCACAUGUGAUCUGUCAGCUGGAGCACGGGGAAGUGCCUUGGAAGAUGGAGGGAGACAUCCUCAGGACCAGCCAUCCAGAUUGGAAGAGGAGCCCUGAAACCAAGGAGUCACCCUCCGAGUUGGGCAAUUUUACGGAAGAAUCACCCCAGAAUACAAGUGACAUAAGUGAUGUUCCCUGUUUCUCCAGAAUGGGACAAAACUGGGAAUAUGGGGCCAAGUGUAAGAGGAAACAGAAUACAGAGGAGAAAGAUCACGUACCCAAUGAUUGUGGAAAAGCCUUCUUCCAGAACACCAGCCUCAUUGGCCAUCAGAGAAUAGAUGCUGUAGAUAAACCUUGUAUGUGCAAUGAAGAUGAGAAGGGCUUCUGUCAGAACAAAUGUCUUACUCAAAAACAGAAAAUUCUUACAGGGGAGAAAUCCUUUGUAUGUGAUGAAUGUGGCGAGGUCUUCCACUGGAGGUCAGGACUUAGGGACCACCAGAAAAUUCAUAUUGCAGAGAAACCUUAUGAAUGUAUUCAAAGUGGAAAGGCCUUCUGUCUAAAUAGUACACUUACUCAACAUCAGAGAGUUCAUCCUGGAGAAAAACCUUAUGAAUGUAGUAUAUGUAGGAAGGCUUUCCGUUGGAAGUCACAUCUUACUCAACAUCAGACAGUUCAUUCUGGUGAGAAACCUUAUGUAUGUAAUGAAUGUGGGAAGGCUUACCACAAGAGGUCAGUGCUUACUGAACAUCAGAGAACUCAUACUGGAGAGAAACCUUAUGAAUGUAAUAAAUGUGGAAAGAGCUUCCGAUGGAGCACACAUCUUAGUCGACAUCAAAGGAUUCACACUGGAGAGAAACCUUACGUGUGUAAGGAAUGUGGGAAAGCCUUCCGACAGAGAACAGUGCUUACUGAACAUCAGAGAACUCAUACAGGAGAGAAACCUUAUGAAUGUAAUGAAUGUGGAAAGUCUUUUCGAUGGCGGACAGUGCUUGCAGAACAUCAGAAAACCCAUACUGGAGAGAAACCUUAUGAAUGUAAUGAGUGCGGGAAGUGUUUCCAUUGGAACACAAACCUUACUCGACAUCAAAGAAUUCACACUGGAGAGAAACUUUAUGAAUGUGGGAAGGCCUUCCGCCAGAAGUCAGCACUUACUGAACAUCAGAGGCCUCAUACUGGAGAAAAACUUUAUGAAUGUAGUGAAUGUGGAAAGACCUUUCAGUGGAAUACAAACCUUACUCGACAUCAAAGAAUUCAUACUGGGGAGAAACCUUAUGAAUGCAAUGAAUGUGGAAAAGCCUUUCGAUGGAGUACAGUGCUUAUCGAACACCAGAGAAUUCACACUGGAGAGAAACCUUAUGAAUGUAAUGAAUGUGGGAAGACCUUCCAGUGGAACACAAACCUUACUCGACAUCAGAGAACUCAUACUGGAGAGAAACCUUAUGAUUGUAGGAAAGUCUUCCACCAGAGAACCCAGCUCACUGAACAUCAGAGCAUUUGUGGUGGAGAGAAACUUUAUGAAUGUAAUGAGUGUGGGAAGGCCUUCCAUCAGAAGGCAGGACUUGCUCGACAUCAGAGAACUCAUACUAGACAGAAACCUUAAGAAUGUGGAAAGGCAUUUCACAGGAGCAUAGAGUUACUGGACAUCAGUCAAUUCAUACUUGAUAUAAAUCUUUUGACUGUAUUAUGUACGGGAAUGCCUCCUGCCAGGAGACUGGAGUCGCCAUCCUACAAUUUCUGUUGGGGGAAAAAAAUACCUUAAUGAAUGUAAUGAUUUGUAAGGAUUGUGGGAUAGCUUUCUUCAAGAACAGUGAACUUUCUCAACUUCAGAGAAUUCAUUUUGGAAAGAAACCUAAAUAAUAUAAAGUAUUAUGAAGAAAAUGUA